ACACUUGGUCGCAGUUUGGUGUUGUGUCGUUGCCGGGGAACCUCUAGGUUAUUGGAGAAACGUGAAAGUUUGUUACUCUAGCUUUUUCUUUACUGCAUUUUCUCUCUUCCACCUGUGUGCCUUCACGGGUUUCCUUUGCUGAUUGUGUGCAGGUAGUGCAUGACCCGUAGCCUGACGGGAGAUCUACUACCAUUAGACCAGGAGCUUGAACGAACCUGCAGGAACUUCAAGCGGGCUCUAAAGGCGCGACUGGCUACGGAGGAGGCGCUAGCACAGCUGCAAAAAGCCAAUGAAGAAGAGAUGGAUGAUCCACAGGACUAUGAUGUGGUCCUUCCCGAGGAGCAGACCAUGGGAUACUACUGGACCGCCAGGGCCGCGGACAUGAGGUCGCCCAUUCAACACCCUCAUGUGCCAGCAAAUAAUUUUGAGGUGAGCACCUCUGUCAUAACCAUGCUGCGCGGUUCGGUGGUGUUCCGUGGUAAAGAGGGGGAGUGCCCCCGAUCACACCUGAGGCGAUUCCACGAGCUCAUCGAUGGAAUCAAGAUAAAUGGGGUCCCAGCCGAUGCCAUCCAGCUGAGGUAUUUCCUAUUUACUCUGGAGGGGCAGGCCCAGGAGUGGUUAGACACUCGACCCCCAGGCUCCAUCACCACGUUUGCCAACCUAGAGGACAAGUUCCUCACCCGCUACCAUCCUCCGUCCAAGACGGCGGACCUGCUAAAGCAAAUUACCAUUUUGCUCAGGAUGAAGAUGAGACCAUCCGGGAUGCUUGGGAGAGAUACACCAGUCUCUUCCUCAAGUGUCCCAACCAUGGUUUACUGACGCCUUCAAGGUGGGAACCUUCUACAAUGCCCUCCACCCGGAGGACAAGAAGCUGAUUGAUUCGGUCUGUGGCGGGAAUUUGCUCACCAAAACACCGCCCCAGCUGAAUCAACUUUUUGAGGAGAUGGCCGAGCAGGGUUAUGAUUGGGGAACCGCAAGGAGAUCGAGACGAGCACCAGGGCGGGAUGUGCAUUCUUCUUUGCACUCCUCAGAGGUGCAUCCUCAGUCACAGUCCCACUUCUCAGCAUGAUGGCGUGCAACCCCUCCUUAUGAUUUCUGGGAUUCGGCAAGGGUUGGGGAUGACUAGAUAUCUACAUAUGUUUUACCCUUUGUUUCUUGAUAAUUUAAGCUUGCAUUAUCGCUUCUUUGGCCUAUUUUACGCUAGAUUGUGUUUCUUUGUCACAUUUCAGGUCCCAAUCGUCGAAGGAAAGGCUAGGCGCAAGUUUCAAUUCAAUCGGAUACCAAUUGGCGAUUCGGGAGAAGAAACUCAGCCAUGACCUGAAGAAGAAUGGAUUUAUACCUCAUUUAUGGACAAAUAGUCAUGCAAGCUUAUGAUAAAAAGAAAGAGGACGAGACUACGAGCGUUUGGGAUCAAACGACGACUGAUUCGGAGUCCGGACGAGGGAGAAACGAAGCAUUGAAUAUAGGGGAACAGGUUCGGCAGUAAAAACACAGGCAGACUACCCUAAAAACACGGCCGUGUUUUUUUGGCCCCGGCUAGUGUUUUUACUGCCAAGGGCGUGUUGUGAGGGAUGCUGGGGGCAAAACACGGCCGUGUCCUCGACCGGGUUUUUCCCAAAAUCGGGUUUUUGAGGCAGAUUCAAGCCAAAGGAAAGGGGGAGUUGGGUUUUGGUUCCCAAACACCCAAGGGACGAACCCUAGAGAGAGAGCGACUUGGGAACAUUCUUGGAGCUAUUUUGGAAGAUUUCUUUGCCAUUGGAGCUCGGGAAUCAAGAUUGGAAAUGGAGAUUGAAGAUCUAAAUCAGAUAUCUGCAGACUCUCUCUUCUCUAUGGAGUAACUUCCCUUCACUUAGGUUUUGAGGAACCCUAUUUCCAUGUGUUACGAUCUUUCUUGUAUGAAGUUUUGGAUGCUAUAUUGUUUGAUUAUAAUCGAUUGAGGCAUGAUUUAUUGAGUCAAUUGAAUCUUGAUCAAAUUCUCUUAAUUUAUGCUUUAACCUAUGAUAAAUAGAAUCUGAUUAGGUUAAUGAGCUCCCUUGAUUGAUAGUGGUGAAUUGGUUGUGCGAGAGUCAAUCAAUUCACUACUUUGUACUGGAAUUCAUCCCAGUAGUCGAGAUCUGAGUAAAUCGCCUUAGCAGUCUAUCCCGGUGAAGGCUAGUCGCCUGUCGGGUAUUCUGUCUAAGAGGGCUUGGUCAGCUUAAGAGAUUCCAAGCUAAUUUAGGAUCUUCCACAGUUUAAUCAACAGUAGAUCAACCAAAGGUAAUUGCAACUUGGACCUAAUUAAGGAGCUAGGGGGAAUCAUACCUAAGUGAAUUCCCAACUUGUAAUUAGUAGAGUAGUUUAGUAAAUCAUUCCUUAAUAUAGUUUGCUAGAUAAUUAACUGAAGCUGAGUAAUAGUAACUCUAGAGACCCGUGGAUUCGAUAUUUAUUACUUGUGCCACUAUACUGCAGUCCCUUUCAUUGGUUACACUUGGCCAUUGUUAGGUGUUGUGUCGUAGCGUGUCAAGUAUUUGGCGCCGUUGCCGGGGACUUUCUAUAUAAUUAGGAAAGGCAGAAGUUUAUUACCUUAGCGUUUUUUUUCCACCAUUGCUUUUCACCUGAGUGUUUUUGUUUUUGUUGGUGCAGAUGACACGACCCGAUCCUUUAGAAAACCAAACCACAACUCAAACCACAAACCGGUUACUGCGGAGCAACCCAAAACAGGUUUACAAGUCAAAACCAAAAACCAACAACCACAAUGUUUAAGAUUUUCAAGUGAAAUGCCCUAAAAACUUAGGCGACCUCAACCCAGAGCAACAAAACAUAAACACAACCCUUGAGGUUCCCCAGUAUACUCAAUAAGACAUGAAAGUAAAGACAAAUAUAAUGGGAGGUCCCAUCUUGUUACCCAGAUCCAGUUGACAUCUUCAGGUUAGUCGCGGCUGCUCUCCUCGGGUAAUCUCCUCUUGAUGGAUGCGUCCUCUUCCCCUCUAUGCACGUGGUGAGUGAGAAGGGGUCAGUCUCGUCGUUACUCCCUACGGUCUUUGCCCUAGGCAAACUCCUUACUAAACACGUUAUUAGGGG